UUGUCAGGAAAAGGUUUCCUGGAUGGAUGAACGUGAGUUUUAAGAAAUCAGAUUUGACAGGUAGAAUAUUCCAGGCAAGGAAAAUACAGCACAGAAAAGCUAAAGAGUACAAGCAAGUAAACCACGACCACACCCAGGAGUAAUGGGACUGGAUUAUUAUUAGCUAUGGGUGGAGGAGGCAAUUGGAGGAAAUCUGCAAACACAGCCAAGUAGUACACAACUGACAAAGGAAGAGGAAUAAAAACGAUAAAAACAAAGCAUUUAAGUGUUUUUGUUUGUUUUGUUUUGCUGCCUGUAGUACACAUUAUAAACGGGUGCCACUUAACGGCAGACUUUUACAUUCAUACAUCUCUCAACAUUCAUCGGUAUAUAUGUCAACAUGAUUAUUAAGUACUUUUAAUAUAAAACUUAAAAAAAAACAGGACCCACAAUGUAAAAGUUUUUCAGAACAAAACUGAUCGCAAGAGCCCAUUAUGCAUCAAUACAUGGACAAAGGCAAGGAGAGAGGAGCAGUUUUCUAUACCCUGAUUUUAAGUCGGAGAAACUAUGUUUUAUACGGUGAGAUAAAGCCUUUCAAGUGCUUAUUAGCACAGUGUCUUGCCCGUAGUGGGCACUCAAUUUAUGGUUAUUAUUUUGACCUUAGAUCUUUCUUAACCAUUUGGGAUUCUGUUUUCUCAUUUGCAGAGAUGGGUCACAGAUGGUUUCUGAAGCUCCUUCUAGCCAAUCUCCUGUUGCAAGUAGGCAUCGAAUAAAUAUUUGCUGAACAAACAGGCAAAGUAAACUGUCUUUCCUUGGGGCCUGGUUGAGUGCCCUUCGGAGAACCAGCAGGGAGGGAAUAUAUGAUCCACUUGCUAGUCCCACAUGCCAGUGCUUAGGGGUAGAGAACACACUACACGCCCCUCACCUAUGACCAAUAGGCGGAGGUGAGCGGGUCGAUUUCCCUCGCUCGCGCCCCGCCUGCGGCGAGAACACCCCACCCCAGCAGCCCCGCAGCGACCCACCUCCGCGGACGGCGCGGACACGCCCCUUCCGGCACACGCCCCUCCCGCUCGCCCCGCCCCGCCGCGAGCUAGCCACCCGGUCCUCACUGCGCCCGCCCGGGCCGCGUCCAUCCUCGACGCUCUGAGGUCACCGACGGGGCUGGGCUGCGGGGGGCGGAGGGGCGGAGGGACGGAGGGAAGAUGGCGGCCGCGGCCGGAUAUUGGCGCCGCCUCCCCCAAUCCUGGAGCCGGCGCAGAUGAGGCGGGUCGGCUGGGGCCAGCGGCACUUCGGAACCCGAGCUGGGGGGGACGCUGGCGGUGGGGCCUGGCCCUGCUCUAUGCCGGCGCCUCGGCUAGAGUGAGCGGCAACGGCGUCGACGCGUCUUUGCUCCGGCUCUUUCCCGGUGGUUGUGAGUCCGAGCGGGUGGCGGGCGGCAGAGGCGGCGGGGCCGGGAUGGAGGACGUUAACUCCAACGUGAACGCGGACCAGGAGGUGCGGAAGCUGCAGGAGCUGGUGAAGAAGCUGGAGAAGCAGAACGAACAGCUGAGGAGUCGCUCGGGAGCCGUGCAGGGCGCUGGCUCCUUCGGGCCCGGCAGCCCGGUGCGAGCCGGCACGUCCACUCCCUCCUCAGGCUCGGCGUCCCCUCGGGGCUUCCCCUUGGGCCUCGGCGUCAAGUCGACCGGCGGGGCUGGGUCGGGCCCGAGGCGGACGAGUAGCGAGGAGCUGCGAGACACCACCUCCCUGCUGGCAGCGGGCGAGGGCGGCUUGCUGGACGAGGUGGAGCCGCUGCGGCCCGAGGAGCUGGAGCGCUUGUCAGGCUGGGAAGAGGAGGAGGAGAGCUGGCUAUAUUCAUCACCAAAGAAAAAACUUACACCAAUGCAGAAAUCGGUUAGCCCAUUAGUUUGGUGCAGGCAAGUUUUGGAUUACCCAAGUCCUGAUGUUGAGUGUGCUAAAAAGUCUCUUAUCCACAAACUUGAUCAAACUAUGUCAGCUCUCAAGAGGCAGAACUUAUAUAAUAAUCCUUUCAACUCCAUGAGUUACACGAGUCCUUACAGUCCAAAUGCAAGUAGCCCGUAUAGCAGCGGUUUUAAUUCUCCGUCCUCAACCCCGGUGCGACCUCCUAUAGUCAAACAGCUAAUACUUCCUGGAAAUUCAGGUAAUUUGAAAAGUUCAUCAGACAGAAAUCCUCCACUCAGUCCUCAAUCCUCUAUAGACAGUGAGUUAAGUGCUUCAGAAUUAGAUGAAGAUUCAAUUGGAUCCAAUUAUAAGCUAAAUGAUGUAACUGAUGUGCAGAUUCUAGCUCGGAUGCAGGAAGAAAGUCUUCGGCAAGAAUAUGCAGCCACCACAUCUCGGCGCAGUUCUGGUUCAUCUUGCAAUUCUACAAGACGGGGUACUUUUAGUGAUCAGGAACUUGAUGCACAAAGUUUAGAUGAUGAAGAUGACAAUAUGCAUCAUGCAGUAUACCCUGCUGUUAACAGGUUUUCACCAUCACCACGCAAUUCACCUCGACCAUCACCUAAGCAGUCACCCAGAAAUUCACCUCGUUCACGAUCUCCUGCUCGGGGAAUAGAGUAUAGUAGAGUGUCCCCACAGCCUAUGAUUAGCCGCUUACAGCAGCCUCGCCUUUCACUUCAAGGCCAUCCCACGGAUUUACAGACAAGCAGUGUGAAAAAUGAAGAAAAACUAAGACGCAGUCUUCCAAACCUGUCCCGAACAUCUAAUAUACAAGUUGACUCAGUGAAAAGCAGCAGAAGUGACUCCAAUUUUCAAGUGCCAAAUGGAGGAAUACCUCGCAUGCAACCUCAGGCUUCAGCCACUUCGCAAAGGCUGAAAAAUUUGCCUCGUACUUCCCUCAAAGCCAAACAGUUGCUUCAAACUUCAUCUACAAAAAGAGUACCUUCUCCAGGCAAAUUCCGCUCCCCUGCAGCACCGUCUCCUUUGGCUCUCCGGCAACCAGUGAAAGCGUUUAGUAACCACGGCUCUGGUUCUCCUGGUAGCCAAGAAACAACACAACUCACACAAACCACCUCCUCACCUGGGCCUCCUGUGGUUCCGAACACAGUCCCGGCGAAUCCUCCCAGCAACAUCAACAGCGCUACUCUAACCAGACCUGCAGGGACAACCGUGAUGAGAAGUGGCUUGCCCAGACCCAGUGCCCCUUCUGCGGGGGGUAUACCAGUGCCUCGCAGCAAACUUGCACAGCCUGUUCGCAGAUCCUUGCCAGCUCCUAAAACCUAUGGUAGCAUGAAAGACGACAGUUGGAAAGAUGGCUGUUACUGACCAGCAAAGAGAAGGAUGCAGAGGUCCACAGCUUCAUGGGUACCCUUCACCAGGCUAACCGACAACUUUUAUAUGCAGACUGUUCACACGAGACUCUUGGGAUUUAUAAAAUCCCAUCCCUCUCUGUCUUAAUUAGCACAAACUGACAGAGACGAUCAAUCAGCACUUUAAUGACAUUUAACAUCAGAUGUGUUUGGUAAUCAUACAAUCACUCUCCAUAGAAUCACUUUUAGUUUUGUUGAACAGAAACUAAGUUGAUUUUUAAAUAUUUGACAGAGGCCAAUAUCUGGGCAAAAAAACCUAGUGGAUGCCAAAGAGAAAAUGCCCAUUUAUGAAUGAGAGAGUACCUUUGUGCACAAGAAAAUGGUGAGUUCAAGCUAUCCAAAACUUCACGUUCAACCUAAUUUACUGUAUACAUGGUAUCAAUAAAUAUCUGUGCUAAUAAGAA